AAUCUGUAUUUGACAUUUAAGUGUCAAUGAAGAAGAGGUAAAAUUGAUUUUUCACUCAAAACGUUGGGUGUAAAAAAAUGGUGUUGGGUGGAGGAAGAAAAUCCCCAAAUUCUUUAUACCAACCUGCCCAACAUGGCAACAUGUGAUCCAUUCAACCUCCUGAUGAAACGGUAAGCCUGAAAGAUUGACUUUUUCAGUUAAAUAGCCGAAUGUGUAGGUAGUACUUGUAACCAGUUUAACACAGGUCAACAAUUCACCUGCUAUAAAGCAAUUCCUUGGGGGGUUUAGUUUUUCAGCGUGCAAUUUUUAUCCCUAUUUGGAUUUUAUUUUAUACUGUUAUGUUAUCCAUGGCUUCUGCAUAUGUUGAGUACCGUUGCUUUGUUGGUGGGCUCGCUUGGGCCACAGACGAUCAUGCCUUGGAGAAAGCCUUCUCUCACUACGGCAACAUCGUUGAAUCGAAGAUUAUCAACGAUCGUGAGACCGGAAGGUCCAGGGGAUUUGGAUUUGUUACCUUCGCCUCGGAGAAUUCAAUGAAGGAUGCGAUCGAAGGGAUGAACGGUCAGAACCUUGACGGACGUAACAUAACUGUGAACGAAGCUCAGUCCCGCGGCAGCCGCGGUGGAUACGGUGGUCGUCGUGAAGGUGGAUAUAACCGUGGUGGUGGAGGCUAUGGAGGGGGUGGUUAUGGUGGUGACAGAGAUUGUGGUUACGGUGACGGUGGUUCACGCUACUCUCGUGGUGGCGAUGUCAAUGGAAGCCGGAGAAACUAGAGCUGGAUGAACAAGAUUAGGGUUUAUGAUUAAGUUCAGUAAUUUUAGGUGUUGUGUGGUUUGGGUGUCUGUCUUUCUAUCUCUUUGUGUACAAUCGAUUGAAUGAAAUGAUAAUCGGAGAAGUAUUAAACAGAUUUUCAUUUGUACGAUCUACGAUGGACGAAGAAAAUAUUCUGAUUGCAUUUUUAAUGGAGAAUGGCUAUUAGUUUACCUGUUUCGGUAAGCUGGAUAUGAAAAAA